AUGCUUCUUUCAAAUUCAAAAAUUGAUUAUUCAACAGUUCGUCGUAUGCCACCUGUUAAACUAAGUGGACAAACACAAGGAACACCAAUGAAUCCAAUGUCUAUUUCAACAUCUUUACAAGAUAUCAAUGCACUUAAACAAAAUUUUACAUGGAACGCUAAUGAUAAAGAUGAACCAUUACUUAGUGCUGCUGGUCGACAAUUGAGUUCAUCUAUAAGUGAUGAACGUGUCUUUGAACAUCCAGAAGUAACUAUAAAACCAUCAUCACUUGAUGAUGAACUUCAACGACGUUCAUUAACAAUGAAAAUAUCGAAUACAAGCGAAAAUCUUGUUGAACGUGAGGGUGGUGGUACUAGUGCACCAAAUAUACUUGAACAUCCUGAUAUGCGUUCACCUGUUGUUUUGCAAACACAACAAUCAUCAUCGCCAUCAUUCUCAUCAAUAAUUCAAACUAAUUCUAAUCAAGUUACACGAACACAAUCAGUUGACCUUAAAAAAGCAACUAAUCGAACACCAUCACCAAGUAAUCGUGUCAAUUUUUAUAUUACUGAUGAUCAUGAAAAUUCCAAACGAUCCGGUUCAUUUUCUGGCGGUAAUCUUGAAAGUCCAGGUGAAGAAAAAAAUGAAGAUCUUUCUUCAUUAACACAUACAGAAAAUUUCCCUCGUGAAUAUUCAGAUUCAUGCUCAAAAUCGAAUAUUCAUCCAAUAAAAGCAAAAAAGAACGAUUCUUGGUGA